UCAAAUAAUUUGAAUAAUCUCAAACUUUUCACUUUCAGUCACAGUCAGGGGAGGAACUUUUCCGUACGCGGAUUGAAGAUUUGCAUCGACUUCUUCGUGAAACGCGGUCACAAAGUGUACGCCUUCGUUCCGUCCUAUCGCCUGAAGAGAAACCAAUCCGAUAACCAGGCACUCCUGAUGAAGCUCGUCGAUGAACAGCUCGUCUUUUGCACCUCUUCGAGGGAAAUCUUUGGAAAGAAAAUUUGUUCAUAUGACGACAGUAACACCAAUGCAAAUCAUAAUUUUCUUCGUUGUUUACUAAAGUUGAAAGUUUUUUUUUCUUUUAGGAUUUUGGUCCAGGCUGCUGCGGCUAUGCGAGCCAUUAUCGUGACCCAGGACAAUUACCGUGACCUCUUGGCAGAAGAUCCGCGUUUGGGUCCAACCAUCGAGCGCGGUCUUUUGAUGCCGACUUGGGUCGGCGAUAUGAUCAUAUUUCCUGAGGAUCCUCUAGGAAGAUUUGGUCCGAAACUGGAAAGGUUCCUCCGGUACCCCUAAAGAGGUACACUCCGCAAUAGCUAUAUUUUUUAGUGUGGAUCUAUUUUACCCAUAAGAGUGAGUACUUUUUUUUUAAAAUUAUUUUCACAGAAAGUAAAAUUACUUUAACGCAAGAAAACACUUUUCUUUUCGUUAUUUUCUUUUUGAUUUCUGAAUCGGUAUUAUAAUUGCAAUGAUAUUUAUAUAUUUAG